GCCCGCCGCUGAGCAUUCUCGAGGAGCAACAGGUGGCAGGCACUCAGACAGGAUGCAGUCCAUCGCGAGGAUCGCCAUGUCCAUGAUUCUGGUGUCAUCGGCGUUUGCCGCGUACCAGACCAGCGCGAAGCUUCGGCGAGACGGUGUGUUGAAUCUGUACCCCUUCCCAAGGGUGGGCCGCGCGCAUAACACCUGGGAGGUGCCGCUCAAUGACUUCUAUUUAGAAUACAAGCCAGCAGAGAAACGCCAACUAUACGCGUUUCCACGCGUCGGGCGCAGCGAGGUCCGCGAGCACCCCAGCCUGUACCGCCUGGAAGACCUGUUCCACCGCCAGAACGAGAAGCGAGAAGGCGAAAACGGGGACAGCACUGGGAUGUGGUUUGGGCCCAGGCUAGGGCGCGCCUACAAGAGUGAAGAAGACUACCAGGCGAAGGAACACAGCGAGCCAGAACACAUGGACCCCGAACUUGAGAGAAAGAAGAGACACACUAACCAAUAAGUUCCUACCGACUGAAGCAACCCUUUUAGUUUAAGACAGUUACACCCCCGACACAUCAGUGCCAACGGUUACGUAUACAGGGUGGCUGGCACUAGUGUCCCUAACCAUGCAUUUGA